AUGCGCGUGCCCACGAACCUUGAGCCGCCCGUGGGCGGUGGUCAAGCCUCCCCUGGGUUGUCGCAGACGCGGCGCAGCCCCGGGUCCAGCACGCCAGUACACGGUCAGCGCACUCCACGCACGCCUGGUGUCGUGCCUUUCAAGCCGACCUCGAAGUCACUAUCGCCACCCUUCCGAAGUGGCUCCCGGGAUGCUACACCCGUGCCGGUACGGUCCCCUACGCCCACUUCCGGGCGGGGGCCUUGGCUGCCAGCCGAAGCUGAAGAUGCCGUGUCGCAGGCGCGGAAAUGCCUGACAGACGUGGAAGCUCAGUUUGGCUACUCCAGCAAGCAGGCUAUCCAUGCAUCCACCGAAUUGGCUCUGCAGCUCGAGGAGCUGCGCCCGGCAACGGCCGAAGCUGGCGAGCUGCUGCAGCGAGCGUUGGAAGGCUCCAAACAAGCCUAUGGCGAGCAGCACCUGAACACGCUGCGCACUGCCAACAACCUGGCAGUGUACUUGGACAACAUCGGGCAGAAAGACGAGGCCCUUCAGCUGUAUCGUUGGGCUCGAGAUGGGCGACUCAAACAGCUUGGCGCCACGCACCCGUACACGUUGGACUCCAUGUACAACCUGGCUUCCUUCCUUUUCUACAACGGCCAGAUGGCGGAUGCGAAAGAGGAAUUCAUCCGAGCACGCGACGGCUGUGUGGAAUGCUUCGGGUGGACACAUACCGGCACGCUCGAUUGCACCGAGCGGCUCGUGGACAUUUACGAGGCAGAGGGCGACAUGGAAGAGGCAGAGGUCCACUGCAGAGAGCUGCUCCGUCGCUGCGAGGACACGCAUCCAAAAGAUCACUCGCAGACUUUGCGAGCCUUGGUGACACUGGCAUCAUUGCUUGCAGCCUUGGGUCGUUUACCGGAGGCUGAAGAUGUUCAUCGACAAGCAAUGCAGAGGUACGAGACCGCCCUCGGCUACGAUCAUGCAAAGACGUUGGAGCUGACAUACAGUCUGGUCGAGUACUUCACGCAGAACCAGAGAACCGAGGAGGCGGAAGCACUGCUGCGGCAGAAGCUGACGCACUGUGAGGAGCUGUUUGGUGAGACAUCGGCUGUGGCGCAAGGGUAUCAAGAGGAUUUGGCAAUCCUCCUGGAGAAUGCCGGUCAGGUGAGCGAAUCCGAGGUUUUCUUCCGCCGAGUGCUGGAGUGCCGCAGGCGAACGCUUGGGCCGGAGCACGAGGACACCUUGCGGUCCGCCUCAAACUUGGCCGUGCUUCUAGACAAGGAGAAUCGUGGCGAGGAGGCGUUGGAGCUUCAUCGCAUGGUGCACAGGGGCCGGACAAAGGCCUUGGGCUCUACACACUCCAAAACACUGGAGAGCAGUUUGUCCCUGGGAGUGUGCCUUGCCGAAAAUGGCCAUUUGGAAGAGGCUGAAACACUGCUCAAGGGCCUCAUGGUAGAGUUGGAUGCCCAGAAGUUUGGCCGAAGCCACGACUGGGUGCUCCUCUGUGCAGACAAGCUCGGCGAACUCGCGACGGCCCAAGGCGAUUCCUGGCGAGCGGAGGCUAUGUUCCGUCGAAGCUACGAGGCGAGGCUGGCAGACAGCCAAGAUGCCGAGGACACCGACAUAGCCAACUCCGCGUACAAUCUGGCCGUUUGCCUUGCGCAGCAGGGCAAAGAUGCCGUUGCCGAGCAGUACUACCGCAAGGCUGUCGAGGCGUAUUCGAAAGCCUGCGGUGCUGACGACCCCUACACGUUGGAUGCAGUUUUCAACUUGGGUGUGUGUUUGGAGGAUCAGGGACGGUUGGAUGAGGCUGAGAAGCUGUACAAGGCAGCGGCGGAUGGCCGCGCACGGACCUUCGGAACUCAACAUGCUGACACGUUGCAAGCGGAGUCGUCCCUCAUGAUGUGCCGCACCGCCAUCCAGCAGGCGGCUGAGGCGAAGUAA